AUGCGAUUCUCUUUCACUACCCAGGCUCUCGUCGGCGCCGUCGCCGUGUCGGCUCUGACUGUUCCCCGCUCCGUUGAGAAGCGGUUAACUCUUAUCGAUCUCAAGCAGUUUGGCAGCUUUCCGACUAUUACACCUGAACAAGCCCAUUCUCAAGCCGAGAAAAUAAAGGGCCCCUUUAGCGAUGGACCUCAGUUCAACUUCCCUAAGAUCAUCGGUGGCAAUAAAAGCCCCUCCGCUGGAGAGGAUAAAGUUGUCACUACGAGUGCCGCUGCUGCUGACGGCACAUGCGAUCGAAAUAACCCAAAGGUUCGCGUCGAAUGGAAGAAUUACUCCCCUGAUGACCGGAAAGCCUUUCUCAGCGCUAUCAAAUGUCUAAUGGACAAGCCCUCUGCUGGAGGAUUCCAAGGCUCAAAAAGCCGCUACGAAGAUAUCGUAUCGGUACACCAGCAAAUGACUCCUAACAUUCACCAGCGUGCCACAUUCCUACCUUGGCACCGAUACUACGUCUCGAUUUUUGAGGAUUUGAUGCGGAACGAAUGUGGCUUCAACGGAGCCUUCCCGUGGUGGGACGAGACGAAAGAUGCUGGUCACUUUGCUGACUCGGAUCUUUUUACCGAUGAGUAUUUCGGUCCUCUCCCCGGAAAGACUUCCAACGGCCAAGGCACCUGCAUUGAUACGGGUACAUUUGGUGGACUCAGACUUCACAUUGGCCCCGGCAGUGGGUUCCAAGACCAUUGUCUUUCGCGAGCCGUCGAUGAGAGCUUGACUGGUACCGUCAGUGCUCAAUUUGUUCAGGACUGUAACUCCCGCACCUCAUAUGAUGACAUGCGAGGUUGCCAGGAACUUGGCCCACACGCUUACGGUCACAACGGUGUUGGCGCAGUUAUGGCCGAGGUUCAGGCCUCUCCCGGAGACCCGAUAUUCUUUAUGCACCAUCUGUUCGUCGACCACUCGUUCCGAAUCUGGCAGAACGCCGACGCCUCGCGCACUACUUCUAUCAACGGCUGCUCUGACGCGAACAGCCCAUGCACUCAAAUUACUAUGGAUUAUGUCCUCUCUUCCAACGGCCUGAAAGCCAACACCACUGUCGGUAACGUUAUGGAUACCAUGGGUGGCUACCUGUGUUACCGAUACGACUACUAG